AUGACCUCCAAAAAAGGCGCCUACGAAACCACCGCCUCAGACACCGACUUCCGCAAAAAAUACGACCGCGCAGAAUACGCCCAAAAAGCCGCCGACCGGGAAGCCACCGAAAAAGCCGAAUCCAAAGCCCGCUACGAAGCGAAACUCGCAGGAAAGAAAUACUACGCGCCUCUCACCGGCGAAGAGACCCUCACGCAAGCGCGCGCCAGCCGGUUGGACGUUUCGCAGAAUGUCGGAAAGGUGUUGCUCAUGCCGGCGGGCGCGGCGACGGGGAAACGGGGUAGAGGAGCGGGCUUCUAUUGUGCGGACUGUGAUUUGACGUUCAAGGAUAAUUUGCAGUGGGUGGAGCAUGAGAAUAGUAUGCAGCAUCUGAGGGCGAUUGGGCAGACGGGGGAGGUGAAGAGGGCGACGGUGGAGGAUGUGAGGGCGAGGAUUGAGGAGGUGUGGGUGAGGAUGGAGGAGGAGAGGAGGGCGGAUGUGAAGAGUUUGAGUGAAAGGUUGGAGGUUAGGAAGAUGGAGGAGGAGAAGGAUAGGGAGGAGCGGAGACGGAAGAGGAGGGAGUUGGUGGAGAGGCAGAGAGCGAAGAAGGAGGAGGAGGUUAAGGUUAAGAAGGAGUAUGGGGAGGAUGUUAGAGUUGAGGGGGAGCAUGAUGAAGAUGAUAUGAUGGCUAAUAUGGGGAUUGUUGGGUUUGGGUCUUCAAAAAAGUAA